ACAAGGAAGUCAAACAUUGUUUCAAAUUAUCGCACCUGUCUUGUUCAAGGAAAAGAAAUCAAGAUAUUUUCCACUGUUCGGACGGCUGUUCCUGAACCAUGGAGUUUGCCGAGUUUAUCAAGACUCCGAUGGUGAACAGCGUCAUCAUGAAGCGACCGUUCCACGACGCAGUGGAAGGAACCCUGUGUGUGUCGGGUCACCAUCUGAUCCUGUCAUCACGCAAAGACCAGAGAGAGGAACUCUGGUUGCUGCACAGUGCUGUGGACAGUGUAGAGAAGAAACUGCACGGGGCCGGCGGGACUCUGGUACUCAAGUGCAAAGAUUUCAUCUUCAUACAGCUAGAGAUAACCAACGCAGAGGAGUGUAUUAGUGUGGCCAACUCUAUAGAACAGCUGUCCAAUAUAGAUGAUGUAACUCUAGCGUACCCUUUCUUCCACCGACUCCAGUUUGAGAUAAUGGAGGACGGCUGGCAGGCCUUUCAGCCAGAGAGAGAGUUUGCUCGAUUCAAAGAAUGUUCCGAGGAGUGGAGAUUGAGUUCUGUUAACAGUGACUUCCAGGUUUGUCCAUCGUAUCCUCAUGCUGUGAUAGUUCCGAAAUGUAUCGACGACGAGAUGAUUGUCAGGGUAGCAGCGUUUCGACAACAUGGCCGAUUUCCAGUUCUUAGUUACUACCACCGAGACAGCAAGGCUAUCAUGAUGAGAAGCAGUCAGCCGCUGACUGGUCAAAAUGGCCGCCGCUGUAAAGAUGAUGAGAAGAUGAUCAACUCGGUUCUGGGGAUUGGGCGGAAAGGUUACAUUGUAGACACACGGGCACAGAGCGUCGCCAAGAUGGCUCAAGCCAAAGGUGGUGGUUACGAACCAGAAGCCCACUACCCACAGUGGAGGAGAAUCCACCAACCCGUUGAGAGGAAGCAGGCUUUUCACGACUCACUCAUCAAGAUGGUCGAAGCAUCAAGUGAUGCGACGGCGUCGAUGGACAAGUGGUUAUCGAAGCUGGAGUCGAGUAACUGGCUGACACACGUGAAGGACAUUCUGACGUGUGCGUGCGUUGUUGCUCAGUGCAUUGACAAGGAAGGUGCGUCUGUUCUGGUCCAUGGUUCCGAGGGUUUGGACUCCACAUUACAGAUCAGUUCUCUGGCUCAGCUGAUUCUUGACCACGACUGUCGCACUGUCAGUGGGUUUGAGGCUCUGAUUGAGAGAGAGUGGCUGCAAGCCGGUCAUCCGUUCCGCAGUCGCUGUGCGAAAUCAGCAUUUGCGAUAACCAAGCAUCGCCAGGAAUCACCCGUUUUCCUGCUCUUUCUAGACUCUGUGUGGCAGAUCUGGCAACAGUUUCCAUGUUCCUUUGAGUUCAACGAAGAUUUCCUUAUACUAUUGGUUCAGCAUGCAUACUCGUCACCUUAUGGAACAUUUAUGUGUGACUGCGAACGUGAGCGGGCCUCGCAUAAAUUAUCAAAACGAACUGUCUCCCUCUGGUCUUACAUGAACCGACCAGAAAUUCUCCAGCAGUACCUGAAUCCGAUGUAUGACCCCAAUCCAGCUGUGAUUUGGCCUUCUGUCGCCCCUCAAAGUUUGACCCUAUGGAGUGGGUUGUAUCUGAGGAGUCAGGUGGAUAUCAGACCUGAACAGGAGGCCUGGUCAGAGAUCGCAAAGAUUAGGGAGUACGACAAAGAGCUGAGGUCAAAGGUCACCAAGUUAAGAAGGCAACUUGCGAGUCUUGAGAAGGAAGGGCUGAUGGCUGGGGUGAUUGUGCCAUCCACAGAGGACGGGCACGACAGCAGUGAACACUAGCCGUACAGGUGUGUUCAUAACUGUCGCGUUGAACAGACUCACGACCACCAUGUUGUAUUACGCAGCCACCCACUGAAGUACGAAAAACAAAGUGACAUUUGUUGACAGAUGGGUUGCUUAAUUCAAAUCACUUUGUUAUAUUAGAGACGUUAAGAAUGUUGUUAUGUGGCCUCUUGAGCUGGUUGCAGCUUAAUAUAAGGUGACAGUAUAAUGCUGUGUUCAUUUGGUCCUCGUGAAUAUCGUGAAUCCAUAAAUUCCAGAUUAUGAACACGACUUCACCAAGUGGAGAGUGUUCAGGUGAUUUAUAGACAAUGUGUAGUCACUCCGAUCCCGAAUUAUUUGUGUGUGUUCUGCCAUUUUUUCCACAAGUUGUGAAGAUUGAGACAGAAAAUCCUACAAGUUGUGUUCACUGAUUAUUUCACCACAACUUCUUCAUUCCUAGCUAUGACUCCGCUGCGAGUAGACGUCGCCGAAGUUGCUCUGCAAUUACCCUCUCGAUCAUAUUGGAGGUCGGACUCGGGAUGGGCGUCUUAAACUAGUUAUCUAUCUAUCUAAUUUCUUUUUGACCGCCCGAUCUAAUCUAGCGACCAAAUUUAUUGAGUAGAAUUUUCUUUA